GAUAUAAAAAAUUUUCAGAAAAAAUUUUGAUUUUUUGUUUUUUUUUUCAUUCAAAAUGAUGUUUUUGUUAUUACGUUUUCUUUCUCAGUGAAUUCUCAUUCGAUUUGAUAAUUGAUUGAUUGAGUGAAAAUGCCUAAAAAACUUGGUGUAAAUACUAAAGCUGUUGAAGCAAAAUUACGUAAAGAAACAGCUAAAAAAACCAAAGAAGAAUUGAUUGAAAAACAAAAAGAAGAUGAAUAUUGGCGUGAUGAUGAUAAAUUGAUUGGUAGAAAAAUGGAUCGACAACAACAACGUGAAUCAAAAAAACAUGAACAAGCACAACGUAAAGCACAGAAUCGUGCUGCAUAUGAAGAAGAAAUGAAAAAUAUUCAAUCAAUCAGUUCGUCAUCAAGUAAACCGAAAAAUAUAACAACGAAAAAAAUAACCCGUUCACAAAUUCAAACAUUUGUCGAUAAAAAACAAACAUUAGAUGGUGGUGAAAGUAAAGUACAACAACAACAACCAACACAUUUGGAAGUACCAUUGGAAGAAAAUAUUAAUCGAUUACAAAUUGAUGGUGAUGAAGCCAGAAAUAUUGAUGAAGCAAUAAACAUUUUAAGUGAAAAAGAAGCUGAAAUUGAUCGUCAUCCCGAACGAAGAAUGAAAGCAGCAUGGGCUGCAUAUGAACAAAAACAUCUGGCUCGAAUUAAACAAGAAAAUCCAUCGUUACGUUUAUCACAGCUAAAAGAAAUGCUUCGAAAAGAAUUUAAUAAAUCACCUGAAAAUCCAAUGAAUCAGAUUAAUUGAAAGAAAGA